UAUUAUUGUUCCUCGGCGGCUCGGAAGGCCGCACACGAAACGCUCGCGAGUCGCGGCACGCUUUUGCCCGUCCGCUUCAGUGCCGGUCGGCUGCGCGCUGCGUAUAUAUAACGCCGGACACUGCAUGAUCCACAACACUCGCACGCUUCCGACCGUUUAAGUGACAACCACCGUCGCCGUCGUCUUCGUCGUUCGCUCAAUCGCCUUCCAACGUACGCACACGUCCACGACCCGGCCGGGCAUACGGUACGACGUUCCACGACAGCCGUCCAUCUCGUCCACGUGACGGCCGAACCGGACGCGUCCCGCCAAUCGCCGACAAGCGCACGCCGCGCCACCGCGUGUCCACCACGAUGAUGACCGCUGAGAAAUUAAUUAUUGUGGGAUGUCUAUUGAGAUUGUGUGUUUGCCAGCAAUAUGAACAGUCAGGAGGACAAGGAAGUUAUUCAUCUCAGAAUGGAAAAUAUGGUGCAUCUGCUUCUACAGGAAGAUCGACAGCAUCCGGAAGACCAAAUGGUGGUUCUAGCGUAAAUGGUUAUAGUCCUGCAUCCGGCAGUCUUGGCCAAGGUCAAGGCGGAAAGGGUAGCUAUGGGAAUGGUUUCAAUGGAAACUCAAGAAAUCCCGGAAGUCAAAAUGCAGGUGCCAUAAAUUGUGGCCCCAAUGAUAAUAACGGUGGAUAUGGUGGAUCAAACAAUGGUUUUGGAGGAUAUGGAAGUGGAUCCAGUGGUUUUAAUGGUGGUGGAAAUUAUGGGGGAGGAAGUAAUGGCUUUGGAAGCAGUGGCGGGUAUGGUAAUAAAGAUUUAGGAGCUAAUGGAGAAUUUGGAAGCGGAGGUUCAGGAGGUGGUGGAGGAUAUGGAAGUGGGGGUUUUGGUGGAAGCGGAGGUUCAGGAGGUGGUGGAGGAUAUGGAAGUGGGGGUUUUGGUGGUAGUGGAGGUUCAGGAGGUGGUGGAGGAUAUGGAAGUGGGGGUUUUGGUGGUAGUGGAGGUUCAGGAGGUGCUGGAGGAUAUGGAAAUGGUGGUUUUGGUGGUAAUGGUGGUUCGAGUGGAGCUGGAGGAUAUGGAAAUGGAGGUUUUGGUGGUAGUAGUGGUUUGGGUGGAUCUGGAGGAUAUGGUAAUGGAGGUUUUGGUAGUAGUGGUGGUGGUGGUGGUGGAGGAUAUGGAAAUGGAGGUAAUAGUGGCAGAGGAAAUGGAGGUACGGGAAGUAGUGGAGGUUAUGGGAAUGGCGGUCUAGGGGGCAGUGGAGGAUAUGGAAAUGGAGGUUCAGGAAGUAGUGGAGGAUAUGGUAACGGAGGUUUAGGUGGUAAUAGUGGAUAUGGAGGUAGUGGUUUAGGAGGUAAUAAUGGAAAUUUUGGAACCAAUGGUGGAAAUUUUAAUCCAAAUCAAAAUGCUCCUCCAGCCGCUAAAGUUAGUUUCAAUAGCUUUUUUGGAAAAUCCGGACGAAAUGGUCGAGGACAAUUCGGUGGGCCGAAUGAAGCUAGUUCUCGAGGAUCUAACAACUAUGGCAGUCAAAAUGGUGGAGGUUCUGGUUCUUACGGUGGCCAAAACAAUGGAGGUUUUGGCUCUUAUGGCGGUCAAAACGGUGGUGGUUCUGGGUCUUACAGUGGUCAAACCAGUGGAGGUUCUGGUUCAUACAGUGGUCAAAAUAGUGGAGGAUUUGGCUCUCAUGGGGGAGGUUCUUCUCCGUAUGGUGCACAAAAUGGUAUUGGUUCCAGUUUACAUGGCAACAGUUUUGGAUCUGGGCAAUACGGAGAAUCGGAUUUUUCCGGAUCUGGACAGAAUAGUGGUUUUGGAAAAAGUUCUCCAGGAGGAUUUUCAUCAGAAUCUGCUGGCCAAGGAUCUAAUGGAUAUUGAUACCUUGAAAUUGUAAUUUUAAAUUAUUAUUUAUUUAUUAAAUUAUUAUUUUUGUAAACUUAUCUUAUGCGUUAAAAUUAAAUGUGUGUAUUAUUUAUAAAUAUUGAUUUAAAAUUUAAGUUGUUUUUUAGUGAAAACUUCCUUAAAAAAAAUAUUAGAUCGUCAUAUUUCAUAGUCUAUAAUUAAGUUGUUUAAUGGUAGGUACCUAUUUGUAUAUAAUAUUGUACUCUAAUAUCCACUAUUUCUUUGGGCAAGUUUCAAAAAUUAAGAUUUUCAAGAAGAAAAAUUUGAUACGUAUUGACAGGAAAUAGUUACGUACCGACAGUGUUCGGAUUAGAUAAGUAUUUUU